AUGCUGCUUGCUCUAGAUGGGAUACUACAUGAAGCAAGGGUGUACCGCAAUCGGAACUUGAACAAACGUUUAGAAUACGCAUUCAUGGCCUUCGUCCAUGUGAUCGUUGCGACCGGAGUUGCCAUGGUUGGCACAGGAGCCGGCGGCCUGGCGGAAAAAAACGCAAAAGCGAGCAAUCAGACGAAUCUUGACGUUGGAAUGGCGUUGCUCGAGGCAUGUUGGGCAAUAUUGACCAUCUGGGCAUUGUGGACAUUGAAGGACUGCAGCGAGAAGACCAUUCCAGGGGUGAUGGAAGGCAAACUGCUCCUCCACGGCGUGCUCCUAGCGAUGGUGUUUGUCGGUAUCCGGGUUUUGUACGGACUGAUCGCGGAGUCAACCCAGAAACGAAACCUGAAUCCGGUGACUGGCUCCUUAGCCAUUCGUACUGUCCUUGAGCUUCUACCUGAGCUCAUUACAACUUUGAUCUUGGUGUUUGUUGGCUUUCGUACACGAUAUAUCGGUGGCUAUAAUCGCCGAAUGGUGGAGACAGGCGAGACAUAA